CAACUUUGAGUUGCUUCAAAGUACAAUAAUUCAGAGUUAAGCUAUGUAUGUGUAAGCUAAAAUGGUUCACUUCUAGACUAUAUAUACCAUACAUCUUUCCAUGAAAUUCUUAUCCAAUCAUCAUUUUCCAGUUCUCUAGUUCUAAUUUGACUUACCAAAUGGCUCCUCUGCUGGCAAAAAACAUCAUUCAAAUCAUUUUCCUCCUCUUCACAAUAUUUUCACUAUCUAAAGCUGAACUUCAUGCUCAUUACUAUGACCAAACAUGUCCACAGUUGGAAAAGAUAGUUUCAGAGACGGUUCUCGAAGCUUCUAAUCAUGACCCAAAAGUCCCAGCUCGUAUCUUGAGGAUGUUCUUCCAUGACUGUUUCAUAAGGGGGUGUGAUGCAUCAAUAUUGCUGGACUCAACUGCCACUAACCAAGCAGAGAAAGAUGGCCCUCCCAAUGUCUCAGUUCGAUCCUUCUACGUGAUCGAUGAUGUUAAAGCAAAGCUUGAGUCAGCUUGUCCACACACUGUUUCUUGUGCUGAUAUAAUUGCCAUUGCAGCAAGAGAUGUGGUAACCAUGUCUGGGGGUCCAUAUUGGAGUGUACUGAAAGGACGGAAAGAUGGAAUGGUGUCUAAGGCAUCUGAUACCGUAAACUUACCAGCUCCAACCUUGAAUGUGAGCCAACUCAUUCAGAGUUUUGCUAAGAGAGGAUUGGGAGUUAAGGAUAUGGUAACUCUAUCCGGAGGUCACACUCUAGGCUUUUCACAUUGUUCAUCCUUUGUGGCUCGUGUUCACAAUUUCAGUUUAUUGCAUGCCGUUGAUCCAAGAAUGAACAAAGAGUUUGCACUAGGCCUAAGAAAUAAAUGUCCAAAACCAUUCAACAAUGGUGACGCAGGACAAUUCCUUGACUCAACAGCAUCAGUGUUUGAUAAUGACUACUACAAACAACUUUUGGCUGGAAAAGGUGUGUUCUCUUCAGAUCAAUCACUUGUUGAUGAUUACAGAACUAGAUGGAUUGUUGAGGCUUUUGCGAGAGACCAGAGUUUGUUCUUCAAAGAGUUUGCAGCUUCAAUGUUGAAACUUGGAAAUGUAAGAGGCUCUGAAAAUGGAGAGGUGAGGCUUAAUUGCAGGAUUCCAAAUUGGAGACACAAAUAUUAGAGGCUAACUUGGCCUGAGUCUUCUCUUCGUUGCCACCAAUUUCAUUAUCAAAAAGAUCUUGAUACUACUUAUGUUGAAAUAAAUGUGAUUAUGCUUGUAUACCUCAUUAUAUAAAUGUCAAAAGGACAAGAGAAAAAUGUAUGUUUGAGCACACGAGCAUGAGGUUGUCCAAUAUUGUACUUUGAUAAUUUCAUGGAAUUUAUAGUACUUUUUUCUUUUUAUGCUCAA